UUUAUUUUUUACUUCAGUAUGGCACGUUCCGCCGCCGUGCCUCACGCGUGCGUGCUGCUCUCCGGUAGCGGAACAGAUGCGCUGCCGUCACCGCGCCCGCUUCACGCGCGCACCUGACACCACCGUCCGCCGUGAGCAUGCGGAACCGCAGCGAGCCGGAGGAGGAGGAAAACGGCGACGACGCCCGCCGCGAUCUGGCGCUGCGCGUGCUGACCGGGUGCGCGCUCUCCGCGCUCGUGCUAUGCACGCUCUUCGGCAACGUGCUGGUGUGCGCGGCCGUGCUGCGCUUCCGCCACCUGCGCUCCAAGGUCACCAACACGUUCAUCGUGUCUCUCGCCGUGUCCGACCUCCUCGUGGCCGUGCUCGUGAUGCCGUGGAAAGCCGUGGCGGAAGUUGCGGGGUUUUGGCCGUUCGGCGCGUUCUGUGACAUCUGGGUCACCUUUGACAUCAUGUGCUCCACGGCGUCCAUCUUCAACCUGUGCGUGAUCAGCGUGGACAGGUACUGGGCCAUCUCCAGCCCGUUCCGAUACGAGCGCAAGAUGACCCAGCGCGCCGCGUUUGUCAUGAUCGGCGUCACGUGGACUCUGUCCGUGCUCAUCUCGUUCAUACCGAUACAGCUGAACUGGCACAAAGCCAGCACCGGAGCUGAAAUCCUGCGGGGGUUUAACGGCACCGGCACCACAGCGCGCGCACUCACGGACGCGGAGCAAAACAACUGCGACUCGAGUUUAAACCGGGAGUACGCCAUCUCCUCGUCGCUCGUGAGCUUCUACAUCCCCGUAGCGAUCAUGAUCGUGACCUACACUCGCAUCUACCGCAUCGCACAGAUGCAGAUAGGCAGAAUCGCGUCUCUGGAGCGCGCCGCGGAGCACGCGCAGAGCUGCAGGAGCGGCAGCCGCGCGCUCGUGUGCCAGCACCAGCACCAACAGCAGCAGCACAGCACGCUGAAAACCUCCAUCAACCGCGAGACCAAAGUGCUCAAGACCCUGUCCGUAAUAAUGGGCGUGUUCGUGUGCUGCUGGCUUCCGUUCUUCAUCCUCAACUGCAUGGUGCCGUUCUGCUCGAGGCGCCGCGAGAGCAGCGCUGACCGGCGCGCGGGCCUGCCGUGCGUCAGCGAGACCACCUUCGACGUGUUCGUGUGGUUCGGCUGGACGAACUCCUCGCUCAACCCGGUGAUCUACGCGUUCAACGCCGAGUUCCGCAGAGCCUUCGCGAGCCUGCUGGGAUGCAGGCGCCUGUGCGCGCGCACGCCGGUGGAGACCGUGAACAUCAGCAACGAGUUCGUGUCGUACAACCACGACACGCUGGUGCACAAGGAGAUCGCCGACGCGUACGUGAACAUCAUCCCCAACGUGGUGGAGUGCACGGACCACGAGGACACCUUCGACCGAAUCUCGCAGCUCUCGCGCCGCGAGGAAGAGGAGGAAGACGUCGUGGUCACGGACUCGGCGGAAAUCAGCUUGGGCAGACUCACGCCUUUUAGCAGGAACGGAAUCCGCUGAAGUCCCGCGCAACAAGUAGGAGCGAGUUUAAAUACACAGCAAAAUCCGGCACCAAGCAGAAUUCACACCUUCAAUGUCCAACUGUUACAUGUGAAAGUGUUGCAUUUUCAGCUUUUUGUACUCACAAUAAUUCAAAACUUAUUAUUAUUAUUAUUAUUAUUAUUAUAAAUGUUGCUUUUACACACCCUUAAUAAAAAAAAAAUCAAAUUAAUGUUAUAAUUAAUUACUUUAAUUACUGUAGUAUAAUAAAGGGUUCAUUUACAGGUCAUGGAAUUAUACAGUCUGUAAAGCACAUUUACUGUAUAAGUAUGAUCUGUUAUUAUUGCUUAUUAUUUUUUAUUAUUUUAAUUAUUAUUUCAAAGAUAGAAUGCUUAAUCACUUAUGCAAUGUCUGCAUCUGAGCACCAGCUGUGCAUUCAGAGGUGAAUUUAACACAGCAAAUGUAAAUUCAGCAAUAAGCUGUAAGGGUCAGGUUAACUCUGCAGGUAUUAAUUAUAUGCAGAAUCCAUAUAAAGUUUUUGUCAAAACUACAGGACAAAAAACUUAUUCAGCACCACUUUUAAUUAAUGUUAAAAUCAAAAGUUAUUGUUCAUUAGAAUGAGAAUGGUUUAAAGGGUGUAAAUGUUAUAGAGACACUGCAGGUGGUAAUUUCAACACCUAAAAAAUGUAUUCAAAAUGGCUAAUUUUUAUUCCAUAGGAGUUCAUUAAUUCGGCACCUUAAGUCGACACCCUAUAUUCUAUUGUUUGAGGUGCGGGAGUUAAUUUUAUGUUGAAAGGGAAAAUGAAUCAGGCAUCUUAUCUGCAGAAGCCUUAAUGUUAAAAAGGAACUAACUUUGCGUGGUGGACAUUAUUUUAGAAUGUUAAGAACAAAUUAAUUUUUUGAUAAAUCUAUUUAUUUAUUUGUUUAUUUAUGCUCAACAAUAAAUAUGUUUAUGUAAAUCUUGUCCUUGUAAGCACUGAAGCUACAAUGUGACAGUGACUUUAUUGUAAAUGUAAUGCACCAGUGAAAAAGGUAAUUUAGCACUGCAACCAGAACGAAUUCAUCACCAUAGGUGUUAAUUCUGCGGAUUUUGCUGUGUAUGUAAAUUUAAAUUGGACCCUAAUUGCCCUUAAUAGACAAUUCAAUUAACUGUUUGAAAGAUCUUAAUGAGAACCCAGGAAGUGGAACCUGCCCCCAAGGACUAAGUUAUGGCUCUUGUACAUAACUAAAACGAGAAACUGCUGUGACAUCACGUGGAAUUUGUGCAAACCGGUAUGACUCUAAAAAAAAAAAAAAGAGGGAUCAGUGGUUUCAUCAUUAAUCCGACUAACAGACUUUGUGAAAUGGGACGCAGCCCUACGUGACCUGUUCGUUCAGAAGGCCUUACAUGCAAAAGAUAAUGAGUGCAAUAUUAAUUUUACUCUGUGUCCGGUCUGGAGCUUAUUCUAAUUGUUGAAGUGCCCACAGUCUCUCUGUUUGUCUCUUUCUGUCUGGCUGUUUCUGGCUCACACAUGUAUGAUUCACACUGCUGCUGACGUAGUGAUUGUGUUUUCCAGUCUGUCCACAACUCUCGAUGAGUCUCAAUACUGUUUUUAACACGUCCUGGUCGACAUCCUUUCUCUAGUCAGAUGUCUAAAAUACCUACAGCACACCAAUGGUGAAAAUGCUCGCAAGGUCAAAAGUGGGAGUGGCAAAUAUUUAACAUCACUGCCAAUGAAAUCUAAUAAUUAACAUUAAUUAUUUAAUUGGCAUAAAAUGCACAGGAUUGUUUUUGGCUGUAAUUGGGUUUUGCACGUUGCAAGUUCAGAAUGUCAGGCUUAAACCUGUAAUGUGGUGGGCUAAUGACCGAUUUAGUGCCAUAUGACCAAAGGCAGCUGGUAACAAAAGAGUCCCGGGAGUGUCAUACAUUGUUAUAUUAGCAUUCAAAUUUCAGCAUUCAUUUAAAGGCAGCAUAGGAUGAAACGAAUGCUAGUUACGAAUAUGGUAGUAGUUAGUAACAAAGGCGAAAUGAAACAAAACUUGUUAAUGGACAGAAAAAAUAUCAUUAUUACCUCAGAAAGAAUGUUUCUUUUUAAAUGACUCUGUUUUUUCCUCGCACAAGCCCAAAUUGCACUGAUUGGUAAAUUUUGCAGAAUGUCAUAAAGACAGGUCUAUUGUUCCAUAAUCUUCAUUGUAUAAUUUGACAUAAAGUCUUCGCUCAGUGUGAGAUAAAAUUCAGCCAAGACUUUAUUGUAAUCAUCUCAUAUUGUGUAACAAGUAAUAAUUUUUUAAGACUGCUGAAAGCACAUAUUGUAAAAACAGGCCAAAGGCAGUACAUUCAUUCAUCUUCCGUAAGCUCUUUAUUCUGGUCACGGUCAUCCUAUACAGGGACUGUCCUCCGAAAGGCUUAAAAUCCAUAGCGAAAGGUUCUUUGCAAAAUGCCAAACUUCACAUCCAAGCACAGGCCUUGUACCAAUGUCAAGGAUAAAGCAGGGGUAAGCUACUUGGCUUCAACGUUAUAUAACUUCAGUCAUUAGUCCUGUUUUGUUGUCAGGGAUUUUGCAAAUGAGGCUGAGAAAUACAUACUAAGGUUCUGAGGAGUUCAAGGAUGCAACUGGUGUGUCAUCUACUGUAAGUUUUUUCACGCCUCAUGUUUUGUGUGCAAUAUUUCAAGAAGGAAAACACUCAUGCUGUUAUAGGGUUAUAAUCAACAGUGUAAUGUGGAGUUAGUGUUACCUUGCAAAAGUUGACUACACAUCCAAAAGUGUUUUAUACCAUUCAUUCAAUAAAUGACAAGUUGUGCUUUUUAACCAUUUUGUAGUUGGUGGAACAUCCACAUGAAAAAUUUGAAAAUUGAACAGUCCUUCCUUCACUAGUCUUGUUAAGU